UAUGUAUACAUACAUACAUACAUACAUAUAUAUGUACACAUACAUAUAUAUAUAUUGAAUUGAAUUGAUAUGAAAGAGUAGGAAAAUAGUUAUGGCUUUAAGGGACUUAUAAGUAGGGUUCAUUUAAAUACUAAACCAUAAAGUAAGACUGUAAGUACCAUGAGAUUUCAUAGAAAACAAGAUUUCAUUAAUUUCUGAUGUUGUUAAAGCUUCAUGGAAGGAUUGAGUCUUAGAUUAUUAGGUUUAUAUUUGGUAAGCAAAAGAAGGUAUUCCACAUAAAAGAAACAGCAUGAGCAAUGUUACAUGGAAGAUGAGUAACCAUGAUGGAGACUGGGAAUCAAUGAGAACCCUGACCUAAUUGGAAUCCAUAUCAAUUAUUAAGUACCUAUUAUGUGCUAGACAUUUUUUUUCCUUUUUUUUUAAUUUUUAUUUGGUCAUUUCCAAACAUUAUUCAUUGGAAACAAAGAUCAUUUUCUUUUCUUCCCUUCCCUCCCUCCCACCACCUCUCCCAUAGCCCACGUGCAAUUCCACUGGGUAUCACAUGUGUUCUUGAUUCAAACCCAUUUCCAUGUUGUUGGUAUUUGCAUUAGAGUGUUCAUUUAGAGUCUCUCCUCAGUCAUAUCCCCUCCACCCCUGUAGUCAAGCAGUUGCUUUUCAUCGGUAUUUUUACUCCCACAGUUUAUCUUCUGCUUGUGGAUAGUGUUUUUUAGAUCCCUGCAGAUUGUUCAGGGACACUGCAUUGCCACUAAUGGAGAAGUCCAUUACCUUCGAUUGUACCACAAUGUAUCAGUCUCUGUGUACAAUAUUUUCCUGGUUCUGCUCCUGUCGCUCUGCAUCACUUCCUGGAGGUUGUUCCAGUCUCCAUGGAAUUCCUCCACUUUAUUAUUCCUUUGAGCACAAUAGUAUUCCAUCACCAACAUAUACCACAAUUAGUUCAGCCAUUCCCCAAUUGAAGGGCAUCCCCUCAUUUUCCAAUUCUUGGCCACCACAAAGAGUGCAGCUAUGAAUAUUCUUGUUCAAGUCUUUUUCCUUAUUACCUCGUUGGGGUACAAACCCAGCAGUGCUAUGGCUGGAUCAAAGGGCAGACAGUCUUUUAUCACCCUUUGGACAUAGUUCCAAAUGGCCCUCCAGAAUGGUUGGAAUAAUUCACAACUCCACCAGCAAUGAAUUAGUGUCCCUACUUUGCCACAUCCCUUCCAGCAUUCAUUACUUUACAUAGCUGUUAUGUUAGCCAAUCUGCUAGGUGUGAGGUGAUACCUCAGAGUUGUUUUGAUUUGCAUCUCUCUGAUUAUAAGAGAUGUAGAACACUUUUUCAUGUGCUUCUUAAUAGUUUUGAUUUCUUUGGCUGAGAACUGCCUGUUCAUGUCCCUUGCCCAUUUAUCAAUUGGAGAAUGACUUGAUUUUUUGUACAAUUGAUUUAGCUCUUUGUAAAUUUGAGUAAUUAAACCUUUGUCAGAGGUUUUUAUGAAGAUUGUUUCCCAAUUUGUUGCUACCCUUCUGAUUUUAGUUACGUUGGUUUUGUUGGUAUAAAACCUUUUUAAUUUGAUGUAGUCAAAAUUAUUUAUUUUACAUUUUGUGAUUCUUUCUAAGUCUUGCUUGGUUUUAAAAUCUUUCCCUUCCCAAAGGUCUAAAAGGUAUCCUAUUCUGUGUUCACCUAAUUUACUUAUAGUUUCCUUCUUUAUGUUCAAGUCAUUCACCCAUUCUGAAUUUAUGUUGGUGAAUUUAUUUGACCUCUUUACCUUUCCAGUGUAUUGAUGUUCUCCGCCCUCCCACCAUGAGCUUCUUUAUGACAUAUAAAUUUACCCCCAUUUGUUUCUUUUCCCAUUUCUUUUAAUAUUAACCUAUUUUAAGCUCUAGUUAUAUAUAUAUAUAUGCAUACUCAUGCGUAUGUAUUUUUGCAUGCAUAUAUCUAUAUACCUAUUUAUGUCUUGUCCUUUCAUCCUAUACAGUUUGUUGUUGUUCCCUCUAAGUAUACUUCUUUUUGCUGCCCAGCUAAUAACAACAGUUUUUAAGAGUUACCAAUGACCUCUUUUCUUAUAGGGAUAGAUAUCAUUUUAACUUAUUGAGUCUCUUAAAAAAAUUUUUUUUGUUUUUCUUUUUUCCCCUCUUUUUUAAUUACCUUUUGAUGAUUCUCUUGAGUUCUGUGCUUGGACAUCAAAUUUUCUGUUCAGGUCUGGUCUUUUCUUUACAAAUUCUUGAAAUUCUUCUAUUUUGUUGAAUGACCAUACUUUCCCCUGAAAGAAUAUAGUCAGUUUUGCUGGGUAGUUGAUUCUUGGUUGUAGACCUAGUUCCCUUGCUAUCCGGAAUAUCGUAUUCCAUGCCUUUCUUUUUUUCAGUGUGGAUGCAGCCAGAUCCUGAGUUGUCCUCACUGUGGUUCCGUGGUAUCUGAAUGGCUUCUUCUUGGCAGCUUGUAAUAUCUUUUCUUUGGUCUUAUAGUUCUUGAAUUUGACUAUAACAUUCCUGAGUGUUGUCAGUUGGGGAUUAAGUACAGGAGGUGAUCUGUGGAUUCUAUCAAUUUCCACUUUUCCCUCUUGUUCAAGGAUUUCGAGGCAGUUUUCUUUAAUAAUUUCCUGUAAUAUAAUGUCCAGGCUUUUUCUUUUGUCAUGGUCUUCUGGUAGGCCAAUGAUUCUUAAAUUGUUUCUCCUUGAACGAUUUUUUAAAUCCUCUGUUUUGUGAAUGAGAUGCUUCAUAUUUUCCUCAAUUUUUUCAUUCUUUUGGUUUUGUUUUAUAGUGUCUUGCUGCCUUGUGAGGUCACUCGAUUCAAGUUGUUGUAUUCUGGUUCUUAAAGACUGGAUUUCAUUUUUAGUUUUUUGGUCAUCCUUUUCCUUUUGGUCGGAUUUUCUUUGGAGGUCAUCUUUCAUCUUCUUCACCUCAUCUUUCAUCUGCUUUGCCUCAUCUUUCAUCUGCUUUGCCUCAUUUUCCAGCUGGUUGAUUUUGGCUUUCAAGACACUUUUCUGUUUCCAGAUGACUUAUCUUAGUUUUUAAGUUCUUUUCCCGAUUGUCUUCAACCUCUCUUAAUUGUGUUUUGAAUUGCAUUUUUAGUUCUUCCAAAGGGUGUAUCCAAUUCACUGGGAUUUCUGAUUUUUUCUUUGCUGCGUCCUCCCCUUCUGUUUCAUUUGCUCUUUGCUCAUUACCUGUGCAGAAGCUGUCUAUUGUAAUUUCUUUUUUCUUUUUCUGUUGUUUGCUCGAGUUUGCCCCUUCUUUGCUCCCUGUAUUUGGCUGUGCUCUUGCUCCUCUCAUUUUGUUUUGGUUUUGGGGCUGUCAGUCUCCCCUCUUGGAGCUUUCUCAGAUCUCUUGGUACAGUCUCUAGGGGAGGAAUGUUAGUUUCCCUGUCCUCUGGAGGCUUUUGAUUGGAUUGAGUUCAAUUGGGUUAGGCUGUAUGUGGUAUGAAGCACUGAGGCUCUGAAGACUCCUGGAAGGCUGGGCCUCCCAGGCUUUCUCCAGUUCUCUCCAGCUGCUUCUCCGCUGUCCACAAGUGUCUUUGCCCUCCUCCCUAAACUCUGAGGAGUUCUGAUGGGAUUAGUUCAACUGGAUUGGUCUGGCUGUGCCCGAGGCAAGGGUGAGACUGGAGCCCAAUGGAGGGACCCAGCCAAGGCCCGUUUCUCCCUGGCUUCCUCCCUGCUGUCCAAGCUAGAUGCUCCGAGCCUGGUGCCCUGCUGCUCCCAAGGUAGACCCUGCAAACCAGCACCUUUGCCCGCUCAGAGGUUCCCGCUGCUGCUGGGGGCUCAGCCCUCUGGGUUGUGGGGGAUGGGUCCUGGGACCUUCGCUCUGCCUUCCCCUUAGCCCUGAGUAUUCUUGGAUUCCGGCUUUUGGGGGGGCUUACCUUUUGAUUUGAGUCCAGAAGGAGGAUUCCCUGCUUCUGUCCUGUUGUUCAGAUUGAAUUUCAGUGCCCUAAGAGCAUUCAGUCUGUAUCGGUAAGGAAGGGUCUUCCACGAGGUCUGAACUUUUGCUGCUUGCUAAGCUGCCAUCUUCUGUGCUAGACAUUUUGCCAAGCACUGGAGUUACAAUAAUAAGCAAAAAUUAGUUCUUGCUCCUAAGAAGCUUACAGUCUAACAGGAAGCAUCAUGCAGAUAGCUGUGUACAAACAAAUGUACUCAGGAUAAAUUGGACAUCACCUCAGAAGAUUUCACUAAGAUCAAGGAGAAAUAGGAAAACCUUUUUUUGUAGAAUGUGAGUAUUUAGGUUAAACAGGUGGGAAUACUUAUGUGGAUUGGGGCAAGAUAAAAUUGAAGUUGUCAUUGACUUCGGAGUCAAAGAACGUAUUUUUGCAUUUUGCUUCUGUGCUUUAGUGCCAGUAUGAUCUAGAUUGUGUCAUUCCAUUUCUGCCCUUCAACUUCUUUCCUUAUAAAAUGAAAUGGUUGGAGUAGAUGGUAGUGAAGUUGUUUCCAAUUUAACAUAAUCCUGAGACUAUUUUUAGGCUUGUGGUAACUGUAUUAAGAGUGCAUGGGCCUGUAGCUUUAAGAACCACUGUUACUUUCUUUUUUUUUUCCAACUGCCUGCUUAUUCCUUAGGAAGCAAUACAUUCCUUUAAGGUACGCUUUUUAUAGAUUUAAUUAGGCUGUGCUACUGUAGGGUCCGAGAAAAUCCCGCAAGAAUGGAGACAGAGACAAUGCAAGUAAGCAAAGGAUCACCAUUUCUUUUUAGUGCGCUAGGGCUUCUCCGAAAGAGGAACCACACUGGCUUGGCUAGAGGAACACCUUUUAUAGUAUAGGGGGCUAGCAUGAAAUGUUGAACAAUAGGAUGUUGUGAUUUGGCAGUUGCAGCUGGCUGGAGGUUUCACAAUGCAGGGAAUGUCUGACUAGUGGUUAUGAUGGCUUGGGCAAGAGUUUUACACCUGACCAUUUAGAGGGAGGUCAUUCUUCAUUCCCCACUUCUUUUUGUGAAAAAUGAGGAAGAGUCCCCAUGGAGAUGGUCUCAUCAUAAGGGGCUUGGCAAGUUGCAAGGGGUUGGUAAUGCUGCCUGAGGACCAUGAGCUAGGCUGAAUUAAUGAAAUUCUUGACAAAGGCUACUCAGUGAUUAACUAGCCUUGUAUGAUUAGCAUCAUGAGGAUGUAAGGGAGCAAAGGAAUUUCCCUGACAAUGGUCUGCCCGAGUUUACGGGGGUACAAUGCCCAUGACAUCUCCCCCCUCUCCAAAUGUCUAAGGGAAAAGGGGCGAUGUUCUCAAUUUUCUCUAGCUUCUUCAGUGCUGAGAAUGGUUGUAGAACUGUCCCUGCCUAUUGUUAGGAGAGAUGUAUUGACUGUAGGCAAUGUCCAGGGCUUCAGGCCGGAAUAGUUGCAAGGUUACAGUGGCAUCUGGGUGACUCCCAUGAGUGCUUCUACCUUAGAAGCAAAUAGAGAAGUGACAAGGUUACAAAUGCAUACAAAUACAUAUCUCACAGGGAAUUAGCCAAAAUUUGAACAGGGAGGGAAAGGCUGUGGACACAGGGUCUUUAGGGGUGUAUCCUCAGUGAAUUCCUUGGUCCUAGGUAGGUGGGGACCUGCUUGGAGAUCUUAAGGAUAUCCAGCGACUGCUUCCCCCGAUUGGCAGACAGGUCACAAGGAGGAGAGUCAGCCUCUAAGAUAGAAGUAUAGAAACCAGGACUGGGGCAAAAACUAGAACACUAGAUAUUAACAGAGAAAAUUAGUGCAAUAGUAAUUGAUAUUACACAUUUGCAUUUGGGUAUCUUAGCCACCAGACUUCUUCAGAAAUCAUCUUCUGACAGGAAUAGAUCCCUUUACGAAAUCAGAUUCCUGAGUUGUUUGCAGAGUUGGUAUGUGACGUUUCUGUUAAAUACUAUCCUUUUUGCAAAGUACACAUUAACUAUAAACAUUUACAAACACUUGAGUAACAAUAUUUUACAGAGGUAUUCCUUUACCCCAGAUUCUGGGGGAAAUUCAAGAAAGCUUUUAGCUAUAUAUUCAAGCUCAGGAUACAAACUUCAACUGUGGUAAAUUAAGGCUACAAGUAUAAGCCAUCUAUUAAUAAACAUUCACCUACUUCUCAAAGUAUGUUCCCUAACAAUUUAAGAAUUUUCCAAUUAUUAACCUGAAAGGUUGUUUGGGGAAAUGGAAACUUUAAUUUUAUAAUUUGCAUUAUAUGCUGAUUAUAUGAAUUUGUCACAAAGGAAAAGGCUGACAGGGAAAAUAUUUCCUCAUGUCCCAAGGAACACAUAGUGAGGCCUUCACGUACAGGCCAAAGCUAUCAUUGGCUCAUGUCAUCAUUGUAUCACUCAAGGACUAACAGCCUAGAUGAUCAGAAAAGGUCCAUUCCCAGGUGAACCCAGAAUAUGUCUCUCUAACCAUCCCAGGACAUUCUCUGUCCUUUGUGUACUUUGUAACCAUUAGAUCCUAAACUCCUUCUUUUUCCUUAAAAGACAAGUCUCACCCCUUUCAGCUGAGAGAAAUUCUGCUUAUCAGCAAUCCAGAAACAAAUUUCCAUACACUCAAACAAGCCUUUUAUAUCCCUAAAGGCUGAUCACUCAAUUAUUCUUACGUAUUUUGGCAAUAAUUUACAUAUCACACUUUAGUCACAGAGACCUUAAAUAAAGAACAUGAGUGCUGAAUUGAGUAGCUCCAUAUUGUCAGAUAAUUUUAGGGUUAUGACUUUAAAUCUAGAUUUAAAUGGUCACCAAAUAAAAUUACCAAGUCAGUUUUUAAAUUUAUGGUAAUUUAAUUAAUGUAGAGGGAAGGAAUUUAAGGAGAAGGAGGAAAGAGGAUAUAAAAUUUUUCCUCCCUGACCUAUACCUAUGCCAGGGGGAGUUUUAACCCCCCACCCCACCCCCUAGGUCUCUAAUGAAGAUUAGAGGCUUCUGAGAGGAAAAGGUUGGAAAGUAAAGGAGGAAAAUUCAGCCAGAAACUCACCACUGAACUGGACAAUACCAUGUAGCCAUGCUAAGAUGCUGAAGGCUCAGCACGCAGCUCUCAGCUAACUCUCCACCACCAAUCAGGGAAAGAUAGAGGGAGAGAGUCCUUGAGGGACAAAAAAUCUCAAAUAUAUAGAUCUUUCAUCCUUGUGUCUCCUCCUCUAAAUUUUCACAUCUACCAAUCACAUUAAAGGCUUUUUCUCCAGGAGUGCCCAUACUUUUAAUUCUCAUCUUCUUUGAUUAGAUUAUAUUUUUAGAGUUAUUUAACACUUCUUUGUUGAGUUCACCUUUUGUGAGUUACUUGACCUAUUUGUGAUUAAUGUAACCUUUAUAGUUACUUAACACCUUUUUGUAUUAGAUCUAAAAAUAGACUUAGCGUAAAUUUCUAGCUUCACUAUAAGGUGAGAACUAAGUAUCUUCAUUGUUCAAUCAGGAGAUUACAACUUUAUCUUCCCCUAAAGUAUUGUCUAAGUAGGGUGGAGUAGUUUUUAAUGUUCACAAUAGUAAUAUAAAUCAGAGCUGUAUCAUCUCUUGGAUCUAGGCCAUCUGAAAGAGUAUGAUAAGAUCAGUCAGGAAUCACUUCAGGGUAACUGAUCAGAGAAAAUACAGAAUCAUAUGUGACUUUCCCACAACACAUACAUUCAUUUUAGAAAUUAAGAUUACGAUUCCACAGCUUUCAAACAAGUCACUUGGUCAGACAGGGCUGGCAACGUUUGCUUGCUUGAGCAUUGUAAAACCUCUGAAUAUAUAAUUAAAAUAUACUCAUCUUUAAGUUCUAUCACACAGUGGUUGUCUACUCUGUGAGGUCCGUAGUUCAGUCUCUAAGUAUCAGUGUGGAACAAUUAUAAGCACUUCUUUCUCCUUCCUGUGUGCAAGGAAGGGGUGAAUAGCUUGUGAGCAAUUUAUCCUAAGGCUGCUUGGCUCGAUUUAGGUUUUAAGCUUGUCCCAUCCUUCUUUAAUAAGUGAGCUUAGUUUACCACAAUUUAAAAUUUUGAAUGUAUCAAACCCCCUUCAUAAUAAUUUACUCUCAGUGGAUUAUAGUUUGAACUCAACAGCUUCCAAAUAACUUUGAUUAAGUUCUUUAGCAAUCUUUCAGUGUGUAACCAAACUGAAGUGCAAAGCAUUUACCUGUACUCCUCUUAAACCUCUGUCUACAGUAGAAUAGAACCUCCAGUUUAGUUUUCUUUUAGCUCAAAACAUUGCCACAUCCCUGAUUAAAUUCCAUCGACAAUAUUUCAAUUUAUAAUUUGUUGUAUCUAUUUGACACUAGCAUUCAUAGUAUCAACUAGUAAUUCUAUCCAUUACUCUUAUUUCUUCUGGCUCCUCCUCUUUGCCAUUAUUGUAAGUAGAGGAAAGGUACUGUACUGAAUUGUAUUUAAUCCUCAUGAAAAGCCCUUCUUGAUUUCAGGGCUGGUCAAAUUUGUCUUGUUAAGGACAUAUAGUUUGCAUAUCAUAUGCCCUUAACCUUUUUAGGUGGAAAACUUAAUUCUCUCUAUAGUACAAAUGCACACAUAAUUUGUAUCUGAAUACAUGUUCAUCUCUAGAUCACAAAUUCCUUCCUACACAUUGUACUCAUUUUUAAAAACAAUUCAUAUAACCUUAGUCAAAGACAACACCAUCUAGAAGUUCCCUCUUUUGUAAAAUACCAAAUUCUUAGUACUUAUAUUAUUAAAUCACUUAAAAAAACUUCUUGUGUGUCAUAUGAUUUCUUGUUGCCAGUUCUGACAAAUAUUAAAAUAACAUCUGAAUUUGAAAAAUUCUAGAAUUUCUCAACAACAUAACUUUUUCUGGAUGACUUUUACAUCUAUAAAGUAGCCAGUACGAUUUCUGUCCUUAUAGAAUAAAGCAUUCCUUCUCUGUGUCAGGCUGCCUAUCAAUCACAUUUAGACAAUUCUCAAAUUCACGGAAACUAUCAUGCAUUGCAAGAUCUAACAACAACAUCUAACCAUGAGUUUUUGUGCUCAAUCAAAUCUGGCUAACAUUUCACAUUUAAUUGACAAACUGUUACCACAAUACAUGAAAUUACAUUUGUAGCAUAUCAAAAUCAUUAGCAAUCCUCCCAAGUUUCAUGCAUCAACCGUUAAAAUUAAUCUUAAGUGAAAAGUGCCUCUAACUGUGGAGUAAGAGACUGUGAUAAACAGAAACAUCCCCAAAAUAGGGGUGUCUCACCUGUUGUCUUUCUGUUCAGAAUCAUCCCUCUUGCUCUCUGCAGCAGAGGAGGAAGUCAGAUCUGAUCAGUGAACUGAUAGCUUCUAGGUUGCCUGUUUUUCUUAUCUCUGACUGGGUUUCUCGGCGGGCCCUUGCCUUAAAAUCCAAACAAAGAAUAAGGGGCUUCUCUCCAUAUUAUGCCCUCUUUCUUGUAAGAUAUGUCCAAUUGGCACCUGGUGUUAGAAUUUAGGGUAUCAAAAAUGCAGUUGCUUCAUUUUUCCCUUGAUAGUGCUCAGCUAUUUAACAUGAGAGAAAACAAACAAACAAAAAACCCAAAUGAAUUCUUGCUUUGGCUGCUUAGAUUUGAUCUCUUCCCAACAGAAGUGGCCUGUGAGGAAACCUUUCCCUUUGUCUUAAUUGGGUUGGCUAGUCCCUAUCUGGCUCAGACCUCAGCUUGGUAGCCACUCCACACUUGAGGCUUCCCAGACUGAAAAAGGGAGAAGUCCUGCACAGCCACUACCCAAGUAGAGGAUGGUAUUACAAUUUUAGGGUGCCAUGGAUAGGGCAUGCCACUUGCUAAUUGAAGGUGUAACAUGGUCAUUCAACAUUAAAAAGAAAUUAGGAUUUUUGUUUGUUUUCCAAGGUAUUUAGAGCCAAUUUUUCUUAACACAAAAGUAGACAGGGCAAUAUGUGACAUACUGAACAAUCAAGACAGACACAAGUAUGAAUGUUGGACUGGAUGUGCUUCUCUUCUCACCCCAAGGGGCUAGGGGUGAGUGGUCCCCAAAACAAAGUGGUGUGGCCAGGUUUACCCUGGGGCCGUACCCCCUUCCUCCAGUGCAUCCACUGGGUUUCCUACUUUCUGUAAGAGUUAAAUUUUUCGGCCACGGUGGGCCGGGCUCCGGCUUCGCCGGCAACUUGGCAGAGGCCUCUCAUCAGAGCAAUGGUGGCGGGGAUGGCGGGGGCGGCAAGCAGGAGAUACACCGGCGCUCGGCGCGCCUGCGGAAUACCAAGUACAAGUCAGCCCCGGCGGCUGAGAAGAAGGAGUCCACCAAGGGCAAGGGCCGCAGGCACAUUUUUAAGCUGAAGAACCCUAUCAAAGCUCCUGAAGCAGUUUCCACUAUCAUUACUGCAGAAUCAAUAUUUCACAAGGGAAUGUACUAUCAGAUCGGAGAUGUUGUUUCUGUAGUUGAUGAACAAGAUGGAAAAACAUACUAUGCGCAAAUAAGGGGCUUUAUCCAGGACCAGUACUGUGAGAAGAGUGCGGCACUAACUUGGCUCAUCCUCACAUUGGCCAGCCCCAAAGACCAGUUUGACCCAGCGUCUUAUAUCAUAGGACCAGAAGAAGACCUUCCAAGGAAGAUGGAAUAUUUGGAAUUUGUUUGCCAUGCACCUUCAGAAUAUUUCAAGUCUCGAUCCUCACCAUUCCCCACUGUUCCCACUAGACCAGAGAAUGGGUACAUAUGGACUCAUGUUGGACCUACUCCUGCCAUUACCAUUAAGGAAACAGUUGCCAACAACUUGUAGUCUAGGAUUUUUUUUUAAGACUCCGUUUUCCUAUGUCUUCUAUGCACACCAUUACAAGAUGUCCUGUAAUAUAUUUACUGGAAUUGUUGGCUAGCUGAAGAAAUAACUUUUAAAAAAUCUUUUAUUAUUAUUACAAAUAGGUAAAUAGUAUCUUCUUGGACAGAGUUAGCUUUUUCUUCCCUCAUUUUUAACCAAUCAUUUUUUAGAAUCAUUCUAAAGAGGUACCUCUAUAGAAUAGGAUAGGAGAGCUGUCUCCUUUCCUAAGCUAGGAUCUCCUGCAGUGGAAGAAGUUUCUGAUAAAGGAAGCCCUACUUUUCGCCAGGACCUAUUCCUGCCAUCAGUGUGAUGAUGGAGGUGCUAGCUUCCAAUCUCAAAGUGCUGCGUACAUGAUGCUCUGGCCUUGGACCCCAGUCUUAGCCUUAGGAUGACUGAUAUGUGAUAAAAAAAAUAUAUAUAUAU